UCCCCCCGCUCAGCCUGCAGUUUGUUUGGGUUUGGUUUGGUUAAAAAGCGGCCAUCUUUACUUUCAGACAGUGGGGGCGAUUAGAGAAAGUGGAGACGGUGGCUGUUCACUCAUGCAGGAACGCUGGCGGGAGAAGAGAUGAAUGAGGACGCGUAUCAAGUCCCUGCGAGGAACGAGUACCGCUACCUGGUGCAGGAUGAGGGGGAGGAGGAGAUCCAGUACGUCCGACGUCACUACGUCAGCCCGUUCCUGGUGGUGUCGAAGAGGUGCAUGUUUUUAAUAGCCUGUGGAGUGCUCGCGUUACUUGCUCUUGCCGGAUAUUUGGCUCAUAUCGCCCAGACUCCGCCCCCAGGCUUUGCGGAGGUGCUCACGGACUGCGGUUGGCUGCGCGGGCGCCGGGAGGACGGAGCUUAUUCCUUCAAAGGCAUCCCAUACGCUGUCCCGCCUGUCGGCGAACGCCGGUGGAUGCCUCCGAAAGAUCCAAAGGAAGCGGAGGAGUGUUGGCACGGCGUUUACGAUGCUACCCGUGUGCGCAGCGCCUGUGCGCAAGUGCAGCCCCUCCAAAAAGAUGGGCACGUGACCGGAAGCGAGGAUUGCCUUCAUCUGAGCGUGUUUACGCCCAGCCUGCAGCCUGAUGAACCCCUGCCCGUCAUGGUGUGGAUCCAUGGAGGGUAUUUACACAUGCUGAGUGGGCAGGAGAGAGGCUACUCGCCCACCGAAGAGCUAGCGGCCCGAACACAAACCGUCUUCGUCAGUCUGAACUACAGGCUCAAUGCCUUUGGCUUCAUGGCCCUGGAGGUGCUGAGAGAGGGUUCACCCACCAAUACCUCAGGGAACUACGGCUUCAUGGACCAGAUUCAAGCUCUUAAGUGGGUUCAGAAGAACAUCCACGUGUUUGGUGGAGACCCAACAAAGGUCACCAUAUUUGGCCAGAGUUCAGGAGGAACAUCUGUAUGGACGUUGAUGAUGUCGAAGCUGGCCCAGGGCCUGUUCCAUCGUGCCAUCGACAUGAGUGGCUCCUACGUGUAUAACGCCACUCUGGCCUCAGCUGAGAGAGACAACCUUCUGUUCCUCCGUCAAACAGGCUGCAAGGACGCCGCUUGUCUUCGAAAGCUCAGUAUAACUGAGGUCUUGCAGGCCAUUCCAUGGCAGGACUAUCCAUCAUGGGCGGCAGAGGACCUAACUGACAUUCCUGUUAAAGACCGCUUCUGCGGUCCAGUUGCAGUUGUGGAUGGCCAUGUCCUUUCUGUUGCUCCAUUUGAAGCCUGGGAGAAAAAAGGUGAAUUUUAUAAUGACGUUCCGUUUGUGGUUGGAACAACAGAGCAAGAGGCUGACUUCAGUCCCCUUGUGAAGAACAUUUCUGCGUGGACUUGGGGAGACUACCAGUGGUUUGUGACAGAGAAAUUAAGACCUUUUGGAGACAACGUUACGUCGAAGGCCCUGAGGCUAUACAACAGCUCGGCUCCCUGCCCAGUCUCUGACCGCUGCCCAGAAAGGCUUUAUACCACACUGGUGUCCGAUAUGAGGGUCAGCUGCCCCAACAACGACCUGGCCAAGCGAGCUGCAGAAGCUUUGAAGAGUCCUGUGUACCGUUACCUGGUGACCUACACGCCGUCUAAAGCAGUGAACACCUCCUCCUGGCUGUUAUACCCAAGUCGCUUUUCCUUCCAUAUGCUGGACAGUCUGGGAUUCUUCGGUGGUCUUGAGAUGGUGCUGGGGUCGAUAACCCCUGCAGACCAAGCUUUCCAGGAAAUGCUCACCAAAUACUUCAUUUACUUUGCAAAAGAAGGUAAGAUGCCAGCCGAGUGGGCUGAGUUUCCCUCCGGGACCGCCCUGCUGGACCAGAAACUCUCUGUGGAGCAGAACCCUUCAGCAGAGAGAUGCAGACUGUGGGAGGAAAAUGGUUUUUACAAAUAUGCUUGGAUCAACUAAAACUAAUUUGAUUGAUUCCCCACAAUCAACAUGCUUCACUAGUGUGUAAACCAGCCAGGGGCCAAUACUAAAGAAUCUGUUCUGUAUUUUAACUCGUCUUGGAGCUUGUUUGAGUAGCCACUAAUGCAGGGAGGGAAACUGUUGUGACUGGUAAGCAUGGUGCGAAAUACAGGGGAUCCUGGGGGGGAUCUAGAACCCCCUAAUUAACCUCUUGGACCCAAUGAAUGUCUUAGUCAAAAUUAUGGGGUCCCUAAAAAUGAUAACAUGCAAAUUGAGAGAAGAUCACUGUUUAGCCUUCUUUACUCAGGAAACGGCGAGAUGCUAUCUUUGAUAUUUUUAACUAACUAGAGAUGCAGCGCUGGUCUGCCUCAGGGUGGCGCUGUUGCAAAUUGGCAACCCUGUUGGUCAUCAUAGCCUAGCAGCUGUAACUAUGCCCAGGACUGCCCAAAUUGCCAAAUUGCCCAAGAGGCUGGUAGAAAGAGUGAACUGUCACUCGUUUCUCAAACCAAA